GACAAAAUAUUAUCCAGAAGCAAAAAAAUGAAGAUUAUUCCUAAAAAACACUUGUUCCAUUUUUCCUGCCUUCUCGUUUUCUGCAGGCUGCUCUUGGCGGAGGCGGCAUUGGCUCAAAACACGACGGCUACCGCCACCAUUCCAGUAAACGUGGGUGUGGUUCUUGACAUGGAUAUGUGGGUUGGGAAGCUGGGGCUGACUUGCAUCAACAUGGCCCUGCAAGACUUUUAUUCCUACCACAGUAACUACACAACCAGAUUGGUUUUAAACAUAAGGGAUUCCAAGGGAGAUGUUGUUGGGGCAGCUGCCGCCGGUCUAGACUUGAUUAAGAAUAAACAAGUGCAAGCAAUCAUAGGAACAGAAAAUUCAGCGCAAGCAAACUUCGUAAUAGAUCUUGGAAACAAGGCACAGGUACCCAUUAUAUCCUUCUCCGCAACAAGUCCUUCCCUUACCUCCAUUCGGAGCCCAUACUUUUUUCGAGCAACUCAAAACGCCUCUUCUCAAGUCAAAGCUAUUAGUGCUGUUAUCGAUGCCUUCGGCUGGAGAGAAGUUGUCCUUAUAUAUGUAGAUAAUGAGUUUGGAGAAGGGGUUAUACCUUACUUAACUGACGCUUUGGAAGAGGUUAAUACUCGGGUUCCUUAUCGGAGCGUUAUCUCACAAAAGGCCACUGAUGAGGAGAUCGAAGAAGAAUUGAAUAAGUUAAUGACGAUGCAGACUAGAGUUUUCAUUGUUCAUAUGACUCCAGAACUUGGGUCUCAUGUUUUCGACAAAGCAAACGAGAGAGGAAUGAUGGGUGAAGGGUAUGUCUGGAUAAUAACCACUGGGAUGACUAAUGUUUGGAGUCUAGUGAAUCGUUUAGACAUGGAUUCCAUGCAGGGUGUUUUGGGUGUGAGGACUUACAUUCCGAAAUCAAAAGCGUUAGAUAGUUUUCAGCUUAGAUGGAAAAGGAAGUUCUUGCAGGAUAAUCCUAGUUAUGUUAAUGCUGACUUAGAUAUUUUUGGAUUAUGGGCUUAUGAUGCUACAUUUGCACUAGCCAUGGCGGUUGAGAAACUUGGCACUACAAAUUUCAACUUCGAUGUGUCAAAUGCAAAUGCGAGAACUGAUCUUGAAUCUUUUGGGGUUUCUCAAAAUGGUCCAAAACUCAUCCAACUUUUAUCAAGUACAAGAUUUAGGGGCCUAAGUGGAGAAUUUGGUUUCAUAAAUGGUCAACUUGACUCCUCCGUUUUCCAGAUUAUUAAUGUAAACGGAAAUGGUGAAAGGGGGGUUGGGUUCUGGACACCGAAGUAUGGAGUGGUUAAGAAAUUGGAUUUUAGAAAUGUAACGGGGUAUUCCACUUCCAAGUCAAAUCUUGGAACAAUCAUAUGGCCGGGUGAUUCCCAGGUCGAUCCCAAAGGCUUGGGGAUUCCGAUGUAUAGAAAAAGGUUGAAGAUUGCAGUUCCGCCGAAGAAUGGAUUCCGUGAAUUCGUCAGUGUACCAGCUGGUACGAUCCCUAAUUCAACAGUCACCCCCACCGGUUAUUGCAUAGAUGUCUUCAAUGCUGUCAUGAAGGCAAUGCCAUACAAAGUCUCCUAUGAUUUCUAUGCAUUUGAAAAGCCCGACUGUGAGAUGGCCGGUGAUUACAACGAUCUGAUCGAUCAAGUCUUCUAUGGGAACUACGACGCGGUAGUUGGAGACGUUUCUAUUGUGGCAAACAGGUCAUCUUACGUUGACUUCACGUUACCAUUCACCGAGUCUGGAGUGGUGAUGGUGGUGCCUAUUAGAACAGACCUGAACAAGAAUGCAUGGGUGUUCUUGAAGCCUUUGACAUUGGACCUCUGGGUCACUAGCGGUUGCUUCUUCGUCUUCAUCGGAUUCGUCAUCUGGGUUCUUGAACAUAGAGUCAAUGAAAAUUUUCGCGGACCGCUUUUAUAUCACAUUGGAACCAGCUACUGGUUCUCCUUCGCCACGAUUACUUUCUCACAACGGGAGAGGUUAGUGAGCAAUCUAGCAAGGUUUGUGGUGGUGAUAUGGUGCUUUGUGGUCCUCAUUCUCGUGCAAAGUUACACGGCCAGCUUAGCUUCUCUUUUGACAGUUCAACAGUUGCAGCCAACGGUGACCGAUGUAAAUGAGCUGUUGAGGAAAAAGGAGAAUGUUGGGUACCACGAUGGCUCCUUCGUCCAAGGAAUCAUUCAGAGGCUGGGAUUCGAUUUGUCCAAGAUGAAGAACUUUAAUUCAACUGAUGAUCUCAAUGAACUUUUCACUAAGGGAAGUGCCAACAACGGUAUUGCAGCUGCUUUUGAUGAAAUUCCCUACAUGAAGCUGUUUCUUGCAAAAUAUGGCAAUUACACCAUCGUGAAAUCAAUUUCUAAGAUUGAUGGCUUUGGAUUUGUCUUUCCAAAAGGUUCUCCUCUUGUAGCAGAUGUUUCGACGGCAGUCUUAACUGUCAUAGAAGGUGAUAGAAUGAUGCAAAUUGAGGAGGCAUGGUCCAUAAAACAAACCAAUUGUUCUGAUUCAAGAACCUCGGUUUCUUCUAGGAGUCUGGGUCUUGGAAGCUUUUGGGGCCUUUUCCUUAUGGUCGGGGUUGCUGCAAUAUUAGCUCUUAUCAUCUUUGUCUCUGAGUUUCUGUACGAGCAUAAGGAUGUCUUGCGCAACACUGAAAUUUCAGUCUGGGAUAGAAUCCUUGAAAUGUUAAAAAUCUUUGAUGAUAGAGACCCGAACGCACAUACCUUCAAGGAGACUGAAAUAAGAGAGGGAGGCCACUAUGAUGGCGUUCGAAUUAGAGGUGCUAAAGUCCCUGUUGAAGAACCUGCUGAAGUCCCCGCUGAAGUCCCUGUUGAGGCCGCUGCUGAGGCCCCUGCUGAAGCCCCUGAUGAUAUAAACGGCACAGCAUCCCCAGAAACAGAAAUUCAUCAUGCUAACACAAACAACUCAUGAAAAAGUAGUUCACAGAUAUUCCCCUUGCUCUAUACUUGUCCAGUGAUAUAGAUAAAGGAUACUAAGCCAAAUAGAAUGUAGCUCCCUGUAAUUUUUAUGUUAACAGUGGCCUAUAGCAGUAACCACAACGUUUAUAACAAUAUUUCAUAGUACAUUAAAAUUUUACGAGUACA